UUGGCAUUUAAUUGAAUCUGAUAGAUUAGAUUUUGGUCCAAAUCAACCCACCGCACUAAAAUCAAAAUUGGGUUGGAUAUUGUCCGGACCUUUUGUACCAAAAAAAACUAGUAAUAUUAAUAGCGUACAAUGUAAUCAUGUGUCAUUUAAUUCAGACAAGGAUACUGUGUCCAAUGAUUCACUGCACAAUGAUUUAAAAAAAUUUUGGGAAUUAGAGAAAAUUCCUACAAAGAAAAAUAUAUUAACUGCCGACGAAAUUGAGUGUGAAAAUCAUUUUAAAAAACAUACAUACCGUGAUGAGGAUGGACGUUUCCAUGUGAAGCUCCCUCUACUGGCAGAACCAGAAUGCUUAGGGAAUUCAUAUAAUUUUGCUAAAAAACAAUUUUUAUCCUUAGAGAAAAGGUUAACACGAGACGCUAAUCUAACACAAAUGUACUCACAUUUUAUAAAAGAAUAUAAAGAUUUGGGCCAUUUAUCAGAGUCUAGUAAAUUAAUUCCUGAGCAAUCAUUCUUUAUUCCUCAUCACCCAAUUUUUCGCCCUACUAGUGAAUCAACGAAGUUACGCGUAGUUUUUAAUGGAAGUUCUAAAACCACUUCUGGUUAUUCGUUAAAUGAUUUACAAGUUGCAGGUCCACAUAUUCAAGAUUCUUUAUUUAAUAUCUUAAUCAGGUUUCGUCAGUAUACUUAUGUACUGUCAGGCGACGUAGAAAAAAUGUAUAGAAUGAUUAAGGUGCAAGAGAGUGAUCGGGACCUGCAAAUGAUUUUAUGGCGCGAUAACAAUACAGAGCCAAUAAAAUCAUUUAGACUUAACACCGUCACGUACGGCUUAACAAGUUCAAGCUUUUUAAGCACUCGUUGUUUGUGGCAGCUUGGCGAGGAAUGCAGCGAUAAUAAGAUUAAAAAAAUUAUUCAAAACGAUUUUGUAGUCGAUGACUUGCUGACCGGAAGUGAUAGCAAACACGAGUUAAUCUAUAUAAAAAAAUCUGUUGAAAGUGCUCUCGCUGCCGGGUGUUUUAAUUUAAGGAAAUACCGUUCAAAUUUAUCGUCACUUUUGGAAAAUAAUGAAAAUACUCAGAAAAAUCUUAUUAUUAGCUCAUCAUCUCACACGCUGGGUGUAGGUUGGGAUCCUAGAAGCGAUAUAAUACAUUUUCCUACAAAUUAUCGCAGCAAUGCCAAAAUUACUAAGCGUUCUAUAUUAUCUGAAUCAUGUAAAGUUUUUGAUCCUCUUGGAAUAUUAAGUAUUUUUACAAUCAAACCUAAAAUAUUAAUACAAAAAUUAUGGAUUGAAAAGGUUGACUGGGACGAACCAGCACCCCAAGAAAUCAGGCAGUCAUGGCUAUUGUUCAUUGAAAACAUGAAGCAUCUUCAUUUAUUACGCAUUCCUAGGCAUGUUUUAUGUAAGGAACCUAGUCAUAUUGAAUUGCAUUGUUUUUGUGAUGCUUCACAGGCGGCUUAUGCUGCUUGCAUCUACUUAAAAUCUACAAAUGCACAAGGUGACGUCACUGUUAGGCUUUUAAGCGCUAAGGCCAGGGUAGCCAGUGUUAAACCCACGACAAUCCCGCGUUUGGAACUGUGUGCUUGUUUGUUGGGCGCGCAGCUCGCAGACGCUGUGGUACACGCCCUGCGCUGUGUAAUCGCUCGUAAGGUAUACUGGACUGACUCAUCGAUAGCUUUAGCAUGGUUAGGUGCAAGGUACGACAAAUUAAAAACCUUUGUUGCUAAUAGAGUCGCAAUGAUUUUAGAGCUAACAAACGACUCGGAAUGGCGUCAUGUUCCCACUCACCUCAACCCUGCUGAUCUAGCUUCACGCGGCGUAGAUACAAUUAAAAAUGAUACUUUAGAUAUAUGGUGGACGGGCCCUACCUUUUUAAGUCAGAACGAGUCUGGGUGGCCAUCCUACGAUUCGAGAAAUGUUAACAUAAAUGAAUUGCCAGAAACUAAAGUUCAUGUUAGCACAACAAAUAAAGGCGUCGAUGAAAAUAACAAACAACCACUAAUUAUCGAUUUUAGCAAAUAUUCGAAAUUGAAAUUCUUGCAACGUACAUUCGCCUACAUGCAGCGAUUUGUUUAUAAUUGUAGAAACCCACGCAAUAAGAAAGUAGGUAUUUUACAGCCUGAAGAACUAGCCCGUUCCUUUAGAAAACUCGUUUAUUUGGCUCAAGCUGAUAGUUUCUCAAAGGAAAUAAACCUUCUACGCUCCAAAGGAGUUCUUAACUCAAAAAAUUCUUUAAUAUCACUGAAUCCAUUUCUGGACAGUGAAGGCAUUCUAAGAGUAGGUGGACGUUUAACUUUAUCCUCUUAUAAUUUUGAAAAACGUCACCAAAUGCUGCUUCACGCCAAACAUUGGCUUACUAAAUUACUGUUUCAACAAGAGCACUUGCGUCUUCUACAUGCUGGGCCACAGCUAUUGCUAUAUACCGUUAGAGAAUCCAUUUGGCCCAUUGCUGGUCGAGAUCUAGCUCGCACCACAACGAGACAAUGUGUUAAAUGUAGGAGAAUUAGUGGUAAGACAUUUAAUCCUAUCAUGGGUUCAUUACCAGAACAGCGAGUCAAUCCCGGUUUUCCCUUUGUUAGUGCAGCUGUCGAUUUUGCUGGACCAUAUUUAAUUACCGACAGAAAAGGAAGAGGAUGUAAAAUUACAAAAUGUUAUCUUUGCUUAUUCGUAUGCCUUAAGUAUAAAUGCUUACAUUUGGAAGCUGUAAGCGAGCUGUCUAAGGACGCAUUCAUUUUAGCUUUACGCCGUUUUAUCUCUCGCAGAGGAAAGCCCCAUGAAUUAUUUGCGACAAUGGUCGUAAUUUUGUCGGAGCCGCAAGAGAGAUAGGUGACUUUUUGAAUACCGGUGCUGACGAAGUAGAGGCUUUUUCUUCCGGAGAAGGAAUAAAAUUUAACUUUCAGCCGGCUUACUCCCCACAUUUCGGUGGUCUUGUUGAAGCAUGCGUUAAAUCGGCAAAAUAUCAUCUCAAGCGCAUGUUGGGACAGACUCAUUUAACUUUCGAAGAGCUGGCUACGCUAUUUAGUCAAAUUGAGGCGAUCUUAAACAGUCGGCCCCUCUGUCCUUUAUCCUCAAGUCCAAAUGACCUACAGCCUCUUACCCCUGGGCACUUUUUGAUAGGCAGACCAUUAAAUUCAUAUCCUAAUGAAAACUUUGCGGACAGAACCUACAGAACCAGGGACAGAUUUCUACGCCUAGAGUUCCUGCGUCGACUGUUUUGGAAGCGGUGGAUGCUGGAGUACAUAACACAAUUGCAAGCCCGACAAAAAUGGCGAACUCCUGGCACAUCGCUGCAAUUGGGGGACUUGGUACUCCUAAAAGAAGAAAACGCUCCUCCCAUGCACUGGAAGGUGGGACGAAUCACUGCUCUGUUCCCGGGAGAGGACGGAGUUGCUCGGGCGGCGGACGUCCGGACUACUACGGGCACGUACCGGCGUGGCACUCGGUAUUUAUGUCCAUUACUGGAUCCAGCAGCGUAUUCAUUGGAAGCGACAGCUUCCAACGCCCCGGAGGAUGUUCCGGCACAUUGCUAGCCGUCCCUCAGUGGAGAGGCGCGGGGAGGGAGGUUUCGGCUCGCGGCUGGGAGCGCGGCCGCCGGUCACUUCUCCAAGGACAAGAUAAGCGCACGCGCAUAAAUUGGCAACACAAAAACAAUUUUGGCCACGGGAAUUUGUAAUAAUCAUUAUAGUCAUUAUAGUAACUUCAUUAAGAGAA